CUUUAUCUUUUCGGUAAAGGGAUAUACUGGAUACCUUUGUAUGUUUGGAAGAUCACUGGAGGCUCUGUUCGCCUGAAGCACUGGAUACGCUGAUUACGUACAUGAGUGGUUUACAACAGGUAUUAGAAGAGCUCUGUGAUGGCACAUCAACUUUAAGAAAAAAUUACGCAAAGCAUGCACCAUGUUAUUCGAAGAUUUCAGAAACUCUUCAAAACUGCACUGCCAUUGCUGAAGAGAAAGUAGCUGUAUUAUUGAAAAAUAAUGUUAAUCUUCAUUUGUUGAACGUUCAUUACUAUCGUUGUUUGGCUCACAUCGAAUUAGUUGGCUGUCUGAGAGAUAUUGCUGGAACACACUGUGGGGAAUCUGCUGGACGGUUAAUUGCACAAUUAGUUGAGAGAUCUGUCAGACCUUUCAGGUACCUCAAAUGUGGUCUUCUUGAAAACGCGGAUAAGCCUGACAUACCGGAUGAUUUGGAUAAAGAAAAGAAAAUAUUUUUUUAAAUGUUACAAGAACCAAAAUAUUACACGAAGGCUAAAAUUUAUAGCAGAUAAGAAUAUUGGACACUUCCUUUUUACAGCGCCCACUGCAUAAGUUUCUAGCGGAAUUUUAAUGUUUCAAUAACGGGAUCGGCAAUUAAGAUUGCCAGUUUCGGCUACUAAACGCGUUGGUCAUUUAAAAAAGGAAGUAUCGGGUACUGAAAUGCCUGUUCUUGUUCCUGUUUUAAAAUCAGAUGAACUUUGAUUUUUUUAAAGUCUGAUUCUGUUGCAUUAAAAAUAUUUGACAAAGUAAGUUUUCGUGUUUUAAAAUAGAGCAGGAUUAAGAGCGCUUUUGCAUCAUACACUGAUGGAAAAUGAAAUCCCUACACCAAGAAGAAAUCAGUUUAGAGCAAGGGUUCUCAACCUGUUGUACGCGUACCACUGGUGGUACGCAAGAGAAAAAUAGGUGGUACGCAAAGAGGCAAAGUAUUUUUAGCUAUUUAAUUCAAAAAUUUUUUCUCUAACACUCGUAAAUGUUUGCGAUCUGAGCUUUGUUCAAGGUCAAUAGCCGCUUAGACCAGGGAUUCUCAACCGUUGGCACGCGUACCACUCCUGGUAAGGAAGAUAAAAAUAAGUGGUAACAAAGUAUUUUUAACUAUUAAACUCAAAAAUCUCUUGAAGAAAAAGAGCAAUUGAUGGGAAUUUCCUGUGAUAGAACUCUAACUAAAGAUUUCAAAAACAACACGCUUGUUAACUUUUGGCUGAACCGAAAAGAAAGAAUUUAAAGGCAUUAUAAAUAAAGCUAUCAAAUUUUUAUUGCCUUUUUGCACAAUCUAUUUGUGCGAACAAGGAUUUUCUUCCAUGUUAUAUUUGAAAAAUAAAUAUAGAACAAAAUUAAAAGUGAUUCUAAUAUACGGUUAAAGCUAAUUAAAAUAAAAACCAGACGUAAAGAAAUUGAUCGUUCUUAAACAGACCUACAUUUUACACUAAAUUUUAAAAUUAAUUAAACUUAAAUUUUGAUAAUUAAAAUGGUAACCAGUUUUUGAUAAUUAAAAUGGUAACCAAUUUUUAAUGUAUGUUUUUAAUGUGUGCAUAUUUAAUUA